UCUGAUCAGGCUUGUAGUGCUAUUCCAUGCAUGCCUCUACCAUUGAGAUGCAGUCGCCUCGGUUUCUUCCUGCAGAAAUUCCCCCAAUGGUGAAGCAAUCAAGGAGCAGGAUAAGACAGAUGUCGUCUAAGAAGAUACAGUGGAUCCGUGUGCACAGAAUUGCCCCCGACACUAUUGCCAAAGUGCACUUGGAUGCUCAUGAAGCCAUCACGGAGGCGAUCAACCUGAGUAUGCUUCGGGGCAUGACGACUAUUCCUGUUCCUCAGGUGCGACAAGUCGUUGUGAACUCCUCCUCCAACACCUACAUAAUCAUGGAGUAUGUCGACGGCGAGACACUAGCCAGCUGCUGGCAUCGUCUUUCUCUUCUCUCAAAGCUUCAAAUUGCUUGGACCCUGCGUGGUUACGUUGGACAGCUUCGCCGUCUGCGCAGGUCUGUUCCAGGUACCCUUGAUGGGGCCGCAUGCACGGGACUGCUCUUCACCGACUACGGCGCAGGUCCAUUCACUUCUUAUGACGAGAUGACAGCAUGGUUCAACCACAAGUUGGAUGUGUCUCAGCGGAUGAAACACGCGCCCCCUGAUGCUCCUCGUUUCGAUAACUCAUGGCCACUAGUCUUCACGCACCAGGACUUGUGUCCUAGGAACAUUAUGUUGGCGCGCGACGGCAAGGUGUAUAUGGUGGAUUGGGAAGGAUCUGGAUUUUACCCUUCUUGGUUCGAGUAUGUCGGCAUGCGCUCUGAUGUACACUUCAAGUCACGCUUGUGGGAUAUUCUGAUCCCUUGGAUCUCGCAUUCCGUUUGUACACGAAAGCGCAUAGACGAGUACUGGAGAAAUAUUGUCUGGGCGGUCAAAGUAGGUGUUGCCAUGUAGUAGUUUGAGUAACGGCGUGCAAGGCGAUCUUUCUUGCAUAUGACGCACUCCCGAACCACCAGGACUUUGACUCGAUAACAUCUGAUGUGAAGUCCACUGCUGAGACUAGAACUGAUUUCUACAAUCGCAGUCUGACGAGUUGCAGAUAUGUCGUUGUUGGAGUGGCAUU